UGAAAAGGAAAUUCACUGUCACUUUAGCUUUACGUUUGUUGAUAAGUGCCGAUAACUUUAUCAGUUAUCAAUCGUCUUAAUAAAGUAAUUAUACUAUCAGUGCCAGCAUAACGCUAGAUUAAGGCAGUUGUGGCAUUUCAUCAAAUAAUUAACUUAUAAAUUCCGAAAUGGCCUUAUCGAAACCGAUCAUGAAUUUGGUGGCAUCAUACUUGCAAAACCUGUAUUUGAAUCCUAUUAAAACAAAAGCAAUCACAAGCUGUGUUGUAGGAUCAGCAGCCAGCAUUGUGUCACAAGUCGUUGCCGGAGACUGUGUCAGACUUGAUCCAGUCUUAGCAUUCGGAUUAUAUGGGUUAUUGUUUGGAGGUACAAUCCCGCACUAUUUCUACAACAUAGCAGAGAGAUUGUUUCCUGAAGAAGUAGUGGCCUUCCCUCUAGCAAAGAAGCUAUUAUUUGAAAGGCUGGUAUUUGCUCCGUUCAUGCAGGCCUUCUCACUCUACACCCUCGCCAGGUUUGAGGGCAAGAACCACUCUGCUGCCCUUAAACAGCUGUAUGCAUUGUACUCAACGGUUUUGGAAGCCAAUUGGAAAUGGUUGACACUGUUCCAAGUUAUAAAUUUGGCAUUUGUGCCUCCAAUGCUUCGAGUACUGUUCAUGAAUUUAGUUGGUUUCGGCUGGGCUAUGUUCCUGGCAACUAAGAGACGCCAACGCCAACAGAAGGAGGAAAGGAAGGAGUAAUAAAGUAAAAUAAUAAUGUUAAUAUGUGGUGGGGGCUUCAAAUGACAUCAAAUGUCUAUGCCUUAUUAUUUUAAAGAUAGCUAUAGCUGUUGAUGACUUUUACAUAUUGUGGGACCAUGUUAGUGUUAGGUUUAGCAAUUGUAGAAAAUGGAACAGGCCAACUAAGGUAGUGCUCUAGGUCACAACUUUCACUUUUAUGCUAAGAAAGGUUUAUAAUCUUAUUAGACCUUUGGUCGUUAAGGGAAUAGACAAAUAAAUAACACUGACCGCCACAGACGGCUCUGGACGUCAACGGAAAGUCUUGCCAGGGAUGCCAAUGAUGCGACGGCUUCAGCCGUCAGCUUCGCGAAUGCAAUAGGGACUUACGCGGGACUCCGUACAGUUCAAUUUCCUUUAAAUCAUCGCGAUCGCCUGGCGUCCGGGGCACGGCAUAUUCCUUCACCGUCUGGCGUUCAAAGGGUUAAUAAUUAUAUAAAAUAGUUGGCAAAUAUCCAUAUCUCAUUAAACAAAAUAAUUACCUCGCUUUUAUCAGAAAUCUAUCUUUAUCAACGUAAGUUGAAAGGUUUAUGAAUGUUCUUAUUUUUCUACUCGUUUUGAGAUAAAAUCAUGUCAUGAUAAAACUAUUAAUACAGGGAUUUUUACAUAUAUUCAUGUCAAAUAUCAGUAAUAUUACUGUUUGUAAUUUAAAUUAUAAGCGGUACUUGUCUUGUCACUACUUUGUAGUGCGACUGAAAUAACUUUUCAAUUGUUUUUUGGAAUUAGCAUCUUAUACUAGGGCUAUAACCGCGAAAAUCGAAGUUCGUCAAUUGCGGGCAUUUUUCUCUGUCACUCUAAUUACUUCUUAGUGAGAGUAAAACAGAAAGAUCCCCGAAAUUCACGAAUUUCGGUUUUCGCGGUAGACCCCCUGACGCGGCCAAUGAUGAUCCCUAUGACAGUUCAUUUUUGUAUGGAGUAACUGUCAAUGUCUAAUGUUUUUGGUACUUGACACUUUUUUUUUGAAAUAUAACUAUUAGGUAAUAAAAAUACGGUAAAUGCCUAUUUCUACAAUUAUGCUUUAGAUUGUCUAUCCAAAAACAAAUUCAAGGAUCAUUCGGGGAUCAUCAUUCGCCGCGUCAAGUAUAGUAUUAAAUUAUAAUUUGGCGCCUUUUUUCACUAACGAGGUAGCCGUCUUUUACAUAAAAUUGAAAAUGCAAGAAAGGGGAAAAAAAAAGUAUAGUAUUGACCAUUCCAUUUGACUUGAUUUACCUAUAUUAUUUUAUUGUUGGUAUGGUACUUAUGGAAGAUGUUUUGCUAUUAUUUCUAGUGAUGUGAGGGAACAAUUUCGUGCGUAAGAAAAAGAUAAGCUAAGAAAUGUUAUAAUAAUGAAACAAAUGGCUAAAUGGAAUGUAUUUAUUUGACAACAGCAAUUGGAUCCAUUAUAUUUAUUAUGUAUAAGUCUACUCACUUAUUUGAGAAAUUGUUUCAACUUAUGUUAAGGUGGCUGGAAAUGCCAACUCUUUAUUUAUGGUGCAUUUAUGAGAUUCGUUAUGAUCAAAGACUUAUAUUUUAUUUAUUAUUGUGUAUAUAAUACAUGUAUUUUGUUAUAA